AUGGACAUUGCAGACCCCCAUGCAGCACUAAGAAACAUACUGAUUGACUGUGGCAAGGACUUUGCUCUUUCCGCCAUAAUUUUAAGCCACGCACAUGCAGAUGCGUUUUAUGGGCUGGACGACUUGAGGCAUUGGACGUCUAAAUCACGGAUCCAAUCGCACAUCGACAUUUAUGUGGAUUCGGUAUCCUUUCCCGCCAUCCAGUCCGUCUUUCCGUACCUUGUCGAUACGUCAUUUGCAACGGGCGGAGGGUCUGUCUCGCAAACAAAGUUCCACGUUUUUGAGCCCUCGCUGCAAACCGUGCUCAAGUUUCCCACAAAAGAUCAAGACAGCCCGUUCUCUAUCCAUACCAUUCCAGACGUGAGCGAGUUUCCAACAGAGUCGAUGGACUUUCUAAAGUCCAAAAAGGUCUCGUUGUUGAUAAUUGACUCUCUGUAUCCAUUUGGGUCGUAUUCAAGCCAUUUUUGCUUUGAUCAGGUUUUGGAUUUGGCAAGCAUCCUGCGUCCCGAAAUCGUUUAUAUUGUCGGCACUACGCACACAUGGGACUACCGGUUGUCGAAAGAUUUUUUUGCCAACCACCCCCGGAUUUUGGCAUCUCCAAUCUUGUCCAAAAUAAGCUUCCAUAUGGCGUUUGACGGGCUGAUUUUGGAGUUUGCGUAA